AAUGAGAUUCUGGGAGAGCCAUUUGAUGCCAGGCUGUGGCUGCUGCAGGCAGUGAGGGACCGAGGCGGAGGACCGAGGCUCCGACACCCGGCCAGCGCUCUCCUCCUCACCCGCCCGGAGGAGGGAUUCUUGCAGGGGAUGUGCCCGCAUCGGCGCCGGGCUCCGGGCGUCCCCGGUCUGUACCCAGGAGUGUGAACCCGAUGGAGGUACCGGGGUCGGCAUGGGAAUGAUGAGCUGCCCCGGGGUCAGCGUUCUGCUGUCUUCUCUCCUCCACCUGGCACUAGGAUAUUUAACGGUCACCAUCGAGCCCCUCCCCCCGGUGGUGGUGGGAGACGCCGUGACGCUAAAAUGCAACUUCAGGACGGACGGGCGGAUGCGGGAGAUCGUCUGGUACCGGGUGACAGACGGGGGCACCAUCAAGCAGAAAAUCUUUACUUUCGAUGCCAUGUUCUCCACCAACAAUUCUCAGAUGGAGAAUUAUCGCAAGAGGGAAGACCUGCUGUACCAGUCCACCGUGCGGCUGCCGGAGGUGCGCAUCUCAGACAACGGACCCUACGAGUGCCACGUCGGGAUCUACGACCGGGCCACCCGGGAGAAAGUGGUCCUGGCAUCGGACAAUGUGUUCCUCAACGUCAUGUCUCCUCCUGUCUCCAUCGCAGUGGUCGCUGCCGAUACCCCAGCUCCAUUCAGCCGGUACCAGGCCCAGAAUUUCACCCUGGUGUGCAUUGUGUACGGAGGAAAGCCAGCGCCACAGGUUUAUUUCAAGCGUGACGGGGAACUGAUAGAAGUCAUUCCCAUGCUGGAGCCGCCACCUGCCGCCGCCGCACUGAUGAAUAGUCGGGGCUCCCGGAACCUCCUAAACCGCGACAUGGAUGAUACUAAAAUGCAAAAAUCACUUUUACUUUUGGACACGGAGGAACGAGGACCAAGUCCUUUCACAGAGAUGCCGUUCCGUGGACGCACCUCUGACCAAGGGCCCAUGUCCAGCUCAGUGACCGAGGCCAUUCCAGAGACAGUAGUUAGCCUGGAGUUCCCGCGUUGGGUCCCCAGUACAGACCCGUCUUAUUUCUUCCAUCAAAUGCAUCUUCCAAUGAGUGAUGGGACAGUGGAGGUCCGAGCUAUGCUCACCUGGACUCUAAACCCACAAGUGGACAAUGAAGCGCUCUUCAGCUGUGAGGUCAAGCACCCGGCACUGACCAUGCCCAUGCAAUCGGAGGUCACAUUAGCUUCUCCGAAAGGGCCCAAAAUAACGAUGACGCCAACCAGAGCUCGUGUGGGGGACACGGUGCGCAUGGUAGUGCAAGGCUUUCAGAAUGAAGUCUUUCCGGAGCCCCUCUUAACAUGGACGAGGGUUGGCGGGAAACUGCUGGAUGGGAGCUCAGAGCAUGAUGGGAAGGAGCUGGUCCUGGAACGGGUCCCAGCUGAACUAAACGGCUCUAUGUACCGCUGCACAGCUCAGAAUCCGAUGGGUUCUACAGACACACAUACCAGAUUAAUAGUAUUUGAAAAUCCCAAUAUUCCGAGGGGAACAGAAGAUUCAAACGGUUCUAUCCCCAUGUACAGCUACUCCAGACUCUUACUGGUGCUCAUCAUAUUAAUGACAGUGAUCCUGGAGCUCACGUGAAAUUAGGAUGCUUGCCUACCUACCCCUUCUCUCCUCCUCCAAAAAGACUCCACACGAAAGCAUUACACUUCAAUUUUUAUUUUCUAUACUAGCUCCAGUCUUGUUCUCGGUUGGUUUCUGUCUGUGUUUUAGCUUCCUUGAGCUGAUAAAUUUAAAAAAAACAACAAAAAAAAACUAAAUUUCUCCUUAUUAAUAUCUGUCGUUCUUUUUAGUCCUGGGCCAUUGGGAUGUAUACACAUUGCGGUUUUCUGUGCCAAGAGAUGGACCGCCGGUGACUGUGAGCGCGGAGUCCUGGUAUUAUUAUUAUUAUUUUUUUACAUUGACCGUAUGAAGUGGAGUUGACCUCUUCGUGCAAUUUAUUGGUCAAAAGGUCCUCCAUAAAAAGGAUGCAGUCACUACAUAAGCUGUUCACGGAUGGAUUUCCACCACUGGAGCCCGUUGGCGCACCACUUAUCGGACACCCCCCACCCCUCCACCCUUGUGCACAGAGCAUUUUCUUGUUUUAUUGCCCCCCCCCCCCCCCAACCUGGCUUUGGAGUAUCGCGUUAAAGGAAAUUACGAUAUGACUGUUAUUCUACUGAGGACUUGGAGAGAAGAUGUAGCACGAUAGGGAAAGUCUCCUGUUUUCCUUUCUACGCCUAUACAGGCUAAAAUAGUAAAUCCAACCCUGACUGCAAAAGGAAAAAAAAAAGUAGUGUGUAUGUACCUUCCAGAUUCUCCCAGCCGGGGGUUAUGUGUACUCAACGGGGGUAUUUCCUGGACGGUUAAAGAAAAUUCUAAAUAAAAGUUUACCAAAUAAUAAAUUUUAUGUAAAAACAAA